UACGCUGAAUCCGCUCCGAAGCAAGCAUCAAUACACAGCCGUGAUGGUUAAUUAUCCAUGUGGAUGAUUUUUAUUUGGCAUGAAGAUGGAAGGAUGUUGGGAGUGGAAGUAGAGGAUUAAGAGUAAGAUCAGUGAAAGAGCUCUCUGUUUUUCUCUUCCAUCACCUCUCUUCGUUUGCUGUCGCAAUAAAGGAGAAAGUUUUUAUCUUUCUUUAAGUAAAGAAAAGGUGAGAGCUUUUUUGAAGAGUAUAUAUAUAUAUAUAUCUCGAUAGAGAGAGAGAGAGAUAGAACGGGAGAUUUUAGAGAGGGAGAGGGAGGGGGGAAAUGGAAGGCAUAGAGGAAGAACAGAGCGGAGAAGAGGAGGUCCUAGGGUCAAGCUUGACGAUGGAGAAAGUGGCAGCGGCUAAACAGUUCAUUGAGAAUCACUAUAGAUCUCAGAUGAAGAAUAUUCAAGAACGCAAAGAAAGACGAUGGGUACUGGAGAGAAAGUUAGCUGCUUCAGAUGUGCCCCAGGAGGAACAGAUCAAUCUGAUAAAGGAUUUAGAGAGGAAAGAGACAGAGUUUAUGAGACUUAAAAGGCACAAGAUUUGUGUUGAUGAUUUUGAUCUUUUAACCAUUAUUGGAAGGGGAGCCUUUGGUGAGGUUCGCUUGUGCCGGGAGAAGAAGUCUGGAAAUAUUUUUGCAAUGAAGAAGUUAAAGAAAUCUGAAAUGCUUAUGAGGGGACAGGUAGAACAUGUUAGAGCUGAGAGAAACUUGCUGGCUGAAGUAGCAAGCCACUGCAUAGUGAAACUUUAUUAUUCAUUUCAAGAUGCUGAAUACUUGUAUUUGAUCAUGGAAUAUCUUCCUGGUGGUGAUAUGAUGACUCUGCUAAUGAGGGAGGAUACAUUAACUGAACAUGUGGCUAAGUUUUACAUUGCUCAAACUGUCUUGGCCAUUGAGUCAAUUCACAAACAUAAUUACAUUCACAGAGAUAUUAAACCUGACAACCUUCUUCUGGACAAAAAUGGUCACAUGAAGUUAUCGGAUUUUGGCCUUUGUAAGCCUCUUGAUUGUACAAAUUUACCAGCAAUCCAUGAGAAUAAGCCCAUGGAUGAUGAAACUAUGAUGGAUUCUAUGGAUAUUGAUGGAUUUAUUGCUGAUAAGAGCAGUUUUAGAAGCCCUCAGGAGCAGCUUCAGCAUUGGCAGAUGAACAGAAGAACGUUGGCAUUUUCAACUGUGGGAACGCCUGAUUACAUAGCUCCGGAAGUGUUGGUGAAGAAAGGAUAUGGCAUGGAAUGUGACUGGUGGUCACUAGGAGCAAUAAUGUACGAAAUGCUAAUUGGAUAUCCUCCAUUUUAUUCAGAUGAUCCGAUUACCACAUGCAGGAAGAUCGUGCAUUGGAGAACUCACCUAAGAUUUCCUGAAGAUUUGAGAUUAAGUCAUGAGGCAAAGGAUCUCAUAUGUAGAUUGCUUUGUGAUGUCGAUCACCGAUUGGGUACUGGAGGGGCACAUCAAAUUAAAGCUCAUCCUUGGUUCAAGGAUGUUGUGUGGGAUAAACUUUACGAGAUGGAUGCUGCAUUUAAACCUGAAGUGAAUGGAGAAUUAGAUACUCAAAAUUUUAUGAAGUUUGACGAAUUGGAUGCUCCAUCACCUGCAAGAUCUAGCUCGGGACCUUCACGGAAGAUGCUUUUAACACCUAAAGAUCUAAAUUUUGUUGGUUAUACAUACAAGAAUUUUGAUGCCGUCAAAGGGCUUCGCCAUUCUUCUGAUUUCAAGAAUCCAUCGAUGGAACAGCAAUCCCAUGAUUCUAUAUAUGGUGAUUCAGGGGUAGGUUAUUCUACUAGGUUAUCAGCCGAGGAAACGGAGAUGCAAAUGCUUGCCUCAGCAGGUGAUCCCAUGUUACCAUAAAGUAACUAAAGGGACAACCUCUUACAUUGAUAUACGGAACCACUUUGUUAAGUGUUCAGAAGUAUUUAAAGAAAAAAUUUAAAACCCAGUUCUUGGUUGAUUGGUAGAAGCAAAGCAAAGAUCCCUUUUUUCAGCAAAAAGGGCUGUGUAUUAGAAGUUGGACGAGGGUUCUGAAGCUUGAUGAUGCACUGCCACUGGCUGCCCAGGCUGGCUUUGGUGAAUUUGCCUUCUCUAGUUGCAGUUUCUGGUCAAAGUUUCAAGUGAUAGCAAACUCAUGAGAAACUCUAUUAAGCUAUUUUGGGAGCAAUGAUUCCCUUAUUGUUGUUGUGUGUAAACUUAUUAGCAAAAGCUAGAAAUUAGCUUUGGGGAAAUAACAUUUUGCUGA